CUGUAGAGUUGGGGGAAAAUGGCGACUGGGUUUUCGAAUUAAAUCAGGGGCAUACCUCCACCAGUUCUGUGUGGACACCAGACCAGUAAAUCCUGCACACUGACAAGAAACAUACAUCGUGGACAAUGGCGUACAACCAGGCCUUCCAGCAUCCCACAGAGGAGCUCUUCCUUGACAUACUGACCAAGGAAGAAAGGGAAGCUUUACUCACAAAGAAAAUGGAGGAGAUUCGCAAGAAAAAUGAAGCUCUCAGAAAGCGACAUGAGGAAAUUGAAGCUGAUAAGCGCUUGGCUGAGAAGCUGCAAAAACCUGUUGGGUCUCCAAAGAAGGAAUCAAAGCCUUUACCAGGAGAAGACAAGCCAGCCCGAUCUCGUGGUCGAGGCAAGCCCCAGUCUGCCCGUUCCCCUAAAGAUAAACCUCCAUUCAAAUCACAGGGCCCUGGAUCACGCAGAAGGCGAGAGUUUGACCAGCAUGGAAAUGCCCUUAUUCCACCAGAAAAUCACAUGUACUCUGACAGGGGCGAUGAUGACGAUAAAUUUUUUGAAAGUGAGGGUUUUCGCAACAGACAACCAGGUCAUCAAGCUCAGUUUUAUGACAAGGAAACGGAUGUAAGGAAUCAUAGCACAAAUAAUGGUUUCAGCAGCUCUCACCAUUAUGGCCCUGAAGAUUCUCAGAGGCGUGAGUUUUACAAUAAACGACACCCACCUGAGUUUCGUAAUGAUGUGAAUGAAGCAUCAGCUAAACAAGAAAGCUGUUAUACAGGUCGUCUAGGAGAAAGCAACUCUGGUCCACCACCAGAUCCAACCUUCAACUUCUUAGCGGACAGAAGCCGUGAAGGUCCAGGGAACAAGGAUGUAUCAAGGGAUCGUGACAGUUCACGAAGACACCCUAAAAACUUUGGUGGCACAGAAUUUCAAAAUGUUAAAAUGAAAAUGAAGUUACAAAAAGAUAAACACGAGAGAGCAUACAAAGGUCCUCCUGGGUCCAAAAUGGAGAUGAGUCUCUCGAUGACAGGAAGGGAAAGGAGGCAGUAUGUCGAAUGGAAGGCUGAACGUGAGAAAGUGGAUCAGGAGAGGAUAGAACGCCAAAAAUCUGCCUCUGGGGAGUGGAAAAGAGCCUGGGAUGCUGAGAAACACCCCACAGAUUACGAUGACUCGCCCAACCCGCGGAGGUCUGAGCCAGGCCGCAGACCAGGUACACUGAGUGAUCACCUGACACCUGAGCAUGCUGCAAGCCUAACGGGUCGAAUUGGCAGCGGGCGGUUCGUACACACAGAGAGGACUGAGGAGAGACAGAGAGGGGACGCCCCUGGACAGAGAGGUAUGCCAUCUGAUCAUGGCAAACCUCAAGGGGCUCGUGGAAGAGGGCGAGGCAGAGGCAGAGGGCGUGGUCGAGGGGCCCCACGUGUCCGCAGCACGUCAUCUGGGAGUGAUGAUCAGUCGAGAAAGGUGGAGCAGCAGGAGGACCUCCUCGUGGUCAAGUUUGAUAACUCCCCCGGGGACCACAGCGUGGAGGUGGAGUAUGCAGACAACAACAACCACAGGACCAGAAACCACAACAGUGGCAGGGCAGGUUCACAGGAGAAAAAUGGGCAGCGCAAUGGCAAGUCUAAAUCAAAAAGGAAAAGCCCAUCCAAAACCGUGGCCCCACCGAAACAUGAAUCUGGGGAGGAGUAUUGGGAGGAUGACAUAUUUGCGGAUGCAGAGCUGAUCGCUGAACAGACCUCUCCAGAGGAUUUCCUGCCUGCGAUACGAUCUAAGGAAGCAACACCUGUCCCUGAGCUGUCCUCCGUGGACCACACCCCUAGUUACACGGGAGAGGACUACCAGGAGGAUUGUAUGGAGGAUAGUGUGGAGGAUGUGGGACUGAUGCAUAAAAAGGGGGAGGAAAAAGCAGGAGAACUAGUGGAGGAGCAGAACAAUCCUCAUCAAGAGGAGGAUGACUCACAGAAGGAAGGUGCCUCCCUGAGCAAGUCCAGCCACAGUGUGAGUACUGGGGCGUCUGACGAGUGGGAGGAUAUCCCUGAAGAUGACGAGUUUUAUGGGAUGGAUGACAGCUUUGGGGAGGAAGGGGAGGAUCCGCAGAGUCCUCCUCAACUGCAGCAUGGAAGCCAAAUUCAGUUUCAGACAGACACUGCCGAGAGUUCUGCUCCAGAGCUUAGCAUGACAGGAUCAGAAGCUGAAACAGGCGAGAAGUCCUCAGAAAACACACCUGUGGCCACACCAAGGUCCUCUUCUGAGAGAGAAACCCUCAAGAUUAAUGUGGAGCUAAAAAUUCCUGAGAAAUCAGAUCCGGCAUCUCAGGCUCUGUCUCCUUUAACCCCUCUCAAAACUCCGACAGACCAUGUCAAAAUCCUGGACUGGGCCGCUGAGAUGGAAAAGGGGGGAAGCCCCACAUUCAGCCCAAAACACAGCCCCAAGAAGAGUCCGCUUAAAGCUGCUGAGCAAACAUCAAAUGUUAGUCCUGCAGAGAGCGCAGAGUGCGGUAAAGCUGUGGAGAGCUCUCUGGCUGGUGGAGACAGUACACCCUCUACUGCAGACUCUGAAAUACCCAAGGACAGCAGCCAGCCCCACCACAUGACCGAAUCCCCUGAUGAUCCCCAGUGUGCAGGUAACGCUGACAACAUAGAAGCUCUGUCAGACGAUAAAUGUGCAGGUAAUGUUGAAACCACUGAAAGCUCCUACACUCAAUUGGACGACAAGUGUGCUGAGCACACAAACGUUCAACCUGAUAAUACUGAGACAGGCAGACUAACAGAGAAACAGACUGAUGACUGUAGCUCUGUCAGUGGUACAAAAGAUGGCCAACCAGCUACCGCAGAGAGCUGCCAUUCAAUAGGUGAGUCUCAAAGGGAGAGAACCCCUCUUGCUGGUGAUAAAGGGGCUGUCAAUGAGAAGUCCUUACAAGAAGAAUUACAUGAUUAUGUAAAACAAGGCAUGAGGAAUGCAUCUUUACCGCAGGUUAAAGGUGACAACAUGCUGUUUGAUGGUGCUUCAGUGGAGUAGGAACAUUUCUUGAAAAUGUGCACCAUGGAAAACUUUCGAAAAAAUUGCAAUGGUGAAUAUGAAAUGUUGAAGAGUUUACUCCUGUAUAAGUGAGCUUAAUUCUUCACACAAUAGUAUUAUUAUUCUGUGGUAAUGACAUAUCUGUUGUAAUGGUAUGUUCACAUGAUAAAGAAUGAGUAUUGGCUCAUGUACAAGAUUACAAGAAGAAUUGUUUGAAUCCCAGAACACUGACAAUACCAUUUCAGAAGUCUGUGAGCUAUUUCAAAUUCUGUAUUUUGACACACAUAUUUUGUACUUGACUGCUGUGUGAAAUUUGAUAACCUACAGUACAUAACUGAGACUUGUACUAGUAAUUUCCCAACAUGUUUGUUUUUUUGCAUUUAUAAACUGAUUUGCAUUGACUCUUUGAGUGGGACUCUCGUAAAUACCUUCAGCUCACAACUGUUCUUGUUCUGACAUCCCGUCUUUCUGACAGGUGGUCUCUAAUGAAGGUGAAUGUACACAGCUUUAUAUUGAAUAGGACUGUUUUAUUUUUUUUGCAUUGCUGUUUUUUGAGCUGAAAAAUGUAUUUUUAUAAAGAUCUUGUUUAUGUAGUGGGUGGGUAAAAAGUCAGAUGUGCUACAUCUGGAAGGCACCAGGUAUUUUCUAAGAUUGUAUCACAGAAUUGUAUUCAAAUAUCAAGCAUAAAAUUAAAGGAGGUCACUAAGGUUUUUUUGCUGCAUUGUGAAGCAUCUUUACUUAAAUUUAUUCUGUAUCUGGGAAUUUGGUUUGAUGAUGAUA